AAUGCACAAGCUGUCAGGCUCUUAUUCUUGACCUCUUGUUUGAUCAAAAUCUUGACCUCUUCUGUUUUCUAUAUUUUUAUUUAUUUUAUUUAUUUGGAUCUUGUUUUCCUUCAUUUUCGUUCGUUCUUCUCCUACCUCUCUGGAUUUCUUGUUUUCUUACUUCUCAAAUUUCUCUCUCUUUCUUUACAAAAAUGGCUAACACCACCACAACCACCACCAGCCUCAGCAACAGCGAGGAAUCGAGUCCUCUCUUGAGCAAGAACCUCCAAGAACAUGACGAGGAACCCACUAAGAUUUCCGACACCAAAGUCGCCGCACCUCCCAUGGAGAAGGAGAAAUCCGCCGCGCUGGAAUUGGACCGGCCUGAAUGUGGAUGGACCGCUAAUGGGUUGCCGUUGAAUCACGCUAGCGUUGUAGGUCAGCCUAUGGGUCGGGCUCAGUGGGACUCCAGUGUCUUCGCUUGUCUCGGUCGCAAUGAUGAAUUCUGUAGCAGCGAUCUUGAAGUUUGUCUUCUUGGAAGUGUUGCCCCUUGUGUGCUUUAUGGAAGCAAUGCUGAGAGACUUGGAUCUAGCCCUGGAACCUUUACCAAUCACUGCUUGCCUUACACUGGAUUAUACUUGAUUGGUAAUUUAUUUUUUGAUUUGAACUGCCUUGCACCAUGUUUCUCAUAUCCUAGCCGUACAGCUAUUCGUCGGAGGUUUAAUCUCGAGGGUAGUUGUGAGGCACUUAAUAGGUCAUGUGGUUGCUGUGGAAGCUGUGGAGAUGAUGAGCUACAACGUGAGCAGUGCGAGUCAGCAUGUGAUUUUGCAACUCAUGUGUUCUGUCACCCGUGUGCACUUUGCCAGGAAGGUCGUGAGAUCCGUCGUAGGCUGCCUCAUCCUGGGUCCAAUGCUCGACCGGUCCUGGUUAUGAUCCCGCCCGGGGGGCAAGCCAUGGCCCGUGGGGCUUGAAGGUGACCUGCCUUAGCAUGUUAUAUUUUGUCUAUAUAUAUAUAUAUAUAUAUAUAUAUAUAUAUAUAUAUAUAUAUAUAUAUAUAUCGGUUUGACAUUAUAGAAUUUUGUUAAAGUUUGUUUCUAUUACCUGCAUUACAAUUGAAGACUGUCAUUUGGUUUGAUCAAUACAGUGUUAUUUGAUUCAAUAUACGUGGAUAUGGUGUUUCUCUUUUUUCUUUUUAA